GAGUGGUGGAAAAGGAGUUUACCGAAGGGCGAAGGGGACGACCGGAGGGGGGAGGCGGGGAGUGGGGAGAUCGGGAUCGGCGGGGGGGAUGGCGUCGCCGGCGAAGGAGCGCGACGGGGAUGGGAGGCGGGCGCACGCGACGAUGGUUGGGGUGCAGUUCAUCAACGCCGGGUACCACGUCAUCGCCAAGCAGGCGCUCAACGUCGGCGUCAACCGCGUCGUCUUCUGCGUCUUCCGCGACGUCCUCGCCCUCGCCGUGCUCGCGCCCCUCGCCUUCCUCCGCCACCGCGGGUCGCCUUCGCAGGCCCGCACGCCUCUCACCUGGCGCCUCCUCGUCUCCUUCUUCAUCCUUGGGCUCACAGGCAUCUUCGCCAACCAGCUUCUCUUCUUGUUCGGCCUCAGCUACACCAAUCCCACAUACGCCGCUGCAAUUCAGCCUUCCAUUCCUGUCUUCACCUUCAUCUUGGCCGCCCUCAUGGGCACUGAAACGGUGAACCUGAGCACACAUGAGGGCAGGGCCAAGAUUGGUGGAACGAUCGUCUGCGUGAUGGGGGCUGUUUUCAUGGUGUUGUACAGGGGUCCUGCUUUGUUCGGUAGUGGCGAGCUCGAACUUGAUGAUGCUCAUAGUCAUGGUGUCAUUGCUGACAUGUCACAGCCUGAGCCAGUCGGACCCUUGUCCAUUGUGUUUGGGCUCCAAAAGUGGCACAUUGGAGUGCUGUGUUUGACAGGGAACUGUCUUUGUAUGGCUACUUAUCUUGCUUUCCAGGCGCCAAUUUUGAUGAAGUAUCCGUGUAGUUUGUCAUUGACAGCGUACUCGUACUUUUUUGGUGCUGUUUUAAUGGUCAUUUCAGGAGUUUUUGCAACAAAUUGUAAAGAAGAUUGGACUUUGACUCGAUCUGAGUUUGGUGCUGUUGUAUAUGCUGGAUUCAUUUCUUCUGCUCUUAAUACUGGUUUACUGACAUGGGCCAACAAAAUUUUGGGCCCUGCUAUGGUGUCACUUUAUAUGCCUCUUCAGCCAGUGGUUUCUGCUCUACUGUCGAAGUUUUUUCUGGGAAGCUCAGUUUACCUUGCAAGUAUUAUUGGAGGGUUUCUGAUCAUCUCUGGUUUAUAUCUUGUCACCUGGGCCCGGCAUAGAGAAAAGUUGACAAUUGGAGUACCAUAUGAAACAUGUGCAUCUGAGUUGCUUGAAAGUACUUCUCAUGUCGUAAAGAGCAGAAACAUGGCCUCGGUACCCUAUAUAUCGCUUUCUAGGCCGUCAAACGUUCCACAUGAAUCAUAACUCUUAAGAAGUUGGUCACUGCUAUCCCCUUCCUUACUCAGAAUAUAGAUAGAGAAAGCAUGCAUUAGAAAACAUGAAGUGCCGCAAAGAAGAUUCAAGUGAACGUAGUUAAGACUAUAUGUUAACAAUGCUGUCAUCUGUCCUUGGCUUAGUUCCCCAUAUGGCUUCUCUUCAGAAAACAGCAUUCUUAUUCUUCAUUUCCUAGGAGAAGUUGAUUUGUGUAUGAGUAAAGAGAGGUUAUGCUCAUUUAGUUUUGUGAGACUAACAACUCUGAGGAUGCUGCCUGAAUUGACUGUCCUUUCACCAAAUGCAAAGCCAGCUCAGAAGCUCCGUCGGCUUAGUGAAUCCCCAACAAGGCAACAAUACGUAUCCUGUUAACCUCCUGCAUAUGUAAUUACUCUGUAAACAUUAUACAUGUGCGCAAGUCAGAGCGGUUAAAUGACUUAAAAAUCUAUGUAUCUCCUAAAUGCUAGUAGUACAUUUGACCAGAGUACACCAUGUACUGUAUAAAUUCAGUCCUGGAAAUCAUGCAAGUUGCAACUCUUGAAUUGAUGUUUUUGUGAGAUUGUCCGUGUUUGUUUGGAAAUCUGGAAUUGCUUAUUUUUCGAAAUUCUUAGUCCACAUCAUAUGGUCCCCUGUAACACAUGUUUAUCAGCAA